AUGGUACAAAGUACCUCUGGUAUGAUUGCUACUAUGACUGGAUCUCUAGUUAAUUUAGUGGCAAUAUUCUUUUUAAAACUAAUUUAUGAUCGUAUGGCCAUUAAAUUGACUGAUGUUGAACAUCAUCGUACACAAGUGGAAUAUGAUAAUAGUUUAACGCUAAAAUAUACCUAUUACAAUUUGUCAAUUAUUAUUCGUCAAUAUUUUAUAUUGCAUUUAUACAAGUCAACUGGUUGUGACCAAGGUGAUUGUCUAUUCGAAUUAUUCAUACAACUAGUUAUAAUUAUGGUUGGUAAACAAAUAUUUAGUUUCAUUCAAGAAUCUUUAAUGCCUAUUCUAUGGAAAUUAUUUUUCAAAUUUCGUUCAAUGAAACGUUCAUCUAAUCAUGCUGAUCAUAAUUAUAUGAACAGUACAAAUUAUAAUGAACGGAAUUCAGUGACUACUUCUCUUUUACCAGCAAAAUAUCGUUCGUUGCGUGGACGAAAUAUUCUAUGUCGUGCUGAUUUUAAUAUGUUAGAUCCUGGAUCUAGACCAUUGUUUAAUGAGUACUUAGAAAUGAUGAUUCAAUAUGGAUUCAUCACUAUGUUUGUCCCUGCAUUUCCACUUGCACCAUUAUUUGGUUUAUUAAACAAUCUGUUUGAGAUUCGUGGUGAUGCUAAAAAAUUAGUGAAUCAAUAUCGUCGUCCAGUUCUUGAGAGAGUUCAAACAAUUGGUAUAUGGUUGUCGAUCAUUACUGUUCUCGCAAGCAUUGCUAUUCGAACUAAUGCUUGUAUUAUUGCAUUUACUACACAGUUUAUUGACCGAUGUGUAUACCGUUAUACUUAUAGUCCAGAUGGUACUAUGAAAGGUUUUGUGAAUUUCACUCUCUCCUAUAUGUCUACAACUCGUUUUGAUGUUCCAACUAAUGAAACGUAUUGCAGAUAUGAUUCUUAUCGUUCACCACCUUGGUCUUCAGAACCAUAUGUAUUCACUUCCGUUUAUUAUCAUGUGUUGGCAGCUAAAUUCAUUUUUGUUUUUGCUUUUGAAACUAUAGCGACUAUUCUAACUAAUGUGAUCAUGGCAGCUGUACCGGAUGUCCCUAAACGUGUUAGAAAGCAAAUAGUUCAUGAAACCAAUAUUACAAAUGCAAUUAUUUUAAAUGCAGAAGUUGGCAAUCAACAAUAUAAUAAUGCGAUUACAAAAGAUGUAAACUUUCAGAAAAUUUUCAUGUUAAAACAACAACAUGAGAAACUUCAAUCUAGUAAUUGUAAUAUCAAUAAUGAAGUGAUUGAGAACAACGAUCAAGAAGGAAAUAUUGAUAGAAAUGAAAUUUGUUCUCAAUCGCUUGUUUAUAAAUAUGUGAGUUUUGAAAGGCUACCACCUGUUACACUGUCAUCACAACCAAUGCAUCUUACUGUGCCUAAUUUACAUGGUAACCGACCAUCUAUUGGAUUCGAAGAUUUAAGCAGUCAUAAUAACAAUAAUAUGAUUUAA